UUAUGAGCAGUAAGUGAACUUUUUAAAGUCAGUGGCGUGUUGUGAACCAAGCAUUGAGUUAACACUUCGAAGUCAAAUCAAAGUACAGUGUUUUAAAUCAGCAACAGGGUGAAAUGGCCGCUGUGGGGAGCGGUGGAGGCUUCAGUCAAAAGAGAAACACAAACUCUCAAGACUCACAGCAACCAUCUCCUCUCGCCCUGUUGGCAGCCACAUGCAGUCGCAUUGACACCCCAGGAGAGAACGAUUCAGCCACAGACCAACAACAAAACCAGCAGCAACAGCUUGACCUAAACCAGGGUGUUUUCACCUCCAGUGCCAACGGCUGGCAGGUUAUCCCUCUCAGCAGCCAAGCGUCCGCAGGCACUAACACAGUCACCACUGACACUUCAGGGGUGAUGACAGGAGUAGACCCAGGCAAGAGCAGACAGGUGCUGUCACCACCAGCAGCUGCCGCGAGCACUCAGGGACAGCAGCAGCAGCCACAGCAGUAUGUAGUAGCUCAGGCUCCAUCGAUGCAGGGUCAGCAGGUGCUUACCACCAUAUCAGGUGUGGUGCCCAACAUUCAGUACCAGGUUAUUCCCCAGUUUCAGACAGUAGAUGGCCAGCCACUGCAGUUCGCACACACUCAGCAGGACUCUGCUGUACCUGCUGCAGCAGGACCAGGGCAACAGUUUCAGAUAGUGUCCUCUCCUAAUGGCCAGCAGCUCAUAGCUGCAACCAACAGAGCUGGUCCAGCAGGAAACAUCAUAACGAUGCCCAGUCUCCUUCAGGGAGCCAUCCCCAUACAAAAUAUAAGCUUAGGCAAUGGAGUGUUACAAAACCAGCCCCAGUUCCUGGCAAAUAUGCCCGUGUCACUAAAUGGAAACAUCACUUUGUUGCCUGUCAGUACUGGAACAAGUGGUACAGGAGAGGCAAAUGGUGGAGGGGAUACAGGGGGAAACCAGCUUAUACAACAGCAAUCGCAACAGCCGGUGUCUUCCAACAGCGGGGCAAGUUACAUGACAAGUGUAUCCACUGUCACCACGCAGACCUCCUCUUCCUAUGGAAUGACCCAAACACAGAACACUAAUGGAGCAGUGACAGGGACAUUCCAGCAGAACACAGCAUCUUCCCUGGGGGUCCCGAUCCAACCAGACAACAGAGAUGGGCAGCAGCCACAGCAGAUCCUUCUCCAGCCUCAGCAAGUUAUCCAAGGUGGAGCACCCCUCCAGACCAUUCAGGCUGGUACUGUCACGACCGCAGGCGGUCAGGUAUUUGCGGCUCCGACACUCAGCCAGGAAGGGCUUCAAAAUCUUCAAAUUAUGCCAAACACAGGCCCCAUCCUCCUGCGCACUGUAGGCCCAAAUGGCCAGGUGAGCUGGCAGACCAUUCAGAUCCAGAGUCCGGCGGGAGCACAGAUCACGCUGGCCCCAGUGCAGUCUCUCCCCCAACUCGGCCAGGCUCAGGGAGCUGCUGCAGCUGGAGGAGUAUCUGUCAACACAGUGCAAAUCCCAGGCAUCCAGACCAUAAAUCUCAACACACUUGGAGGCUCCGGGUUACAGAUGCACCAGCUGCAGGGUGUUCCCAUCACCAUCGCCAGCACAGCAGGAGAGCAGGCGUUACAUACAGGCGGAGAAAGUUUGGAUGAUAGCACAGCUAUGGAUGAGGAGGAUAUAAGCCCACCACCUCAAGGUCGACGUAACCGGAGGGAAGCCUGUACCUGCCCCUUCUGCAAGGAUGGAGAAGGACGUGACCCAACUAAAAAGAAGCAGCACAUUUGUCACAUCACUGGCUGUGGGAAGAUCUACGGCAAGACAUCCCACCUGAGGGCCCACCUCCGCUGGCACACAGGAGAGCGACCAUUCGUCUGCAGCUGGUCUUUCUGUGGCAAACGAUUCACCCGUUCAGACGAGCUUCAGCGCCAUAAGAGGACGCACACAGGUGAGAAAAAGUUUGUUUGCCCAGAGUGUCCCAAACGCUUUAUGCGCAGCGAUCACCUCUCAAAGCACGUCAAGACCCAUUUGAACAAAAAAGCAGCAGCCGCCACCACCAGCAGCACCACAGUCUCAGCUGACGCUGCUUCCCCUGCAGCAGGCACAGAAGCCGGCACCGGAGCGGUGUCAGCCAAUGACCAGCACACCAUCGUUACCAUGGAAACCUUAUCUGCGGAGAGCAUAGCUCGAUUAGCUAGCAGUGGGAUCAACAUGAUGCAGGUGGAUCUUCACCAGAUUAACGGCAACAGCUACUAAGGGCAGUGGGGGAGCAGGAGGAUGGUCUUGAUGGAUGUUGCAUUCGGACUUUUGGGGUUAAAAAGGGCACAUCUGACUGCACACGCAGAACCUCUCAGAGGCGUUGGACAGGAGAGGUGGUCACAGAUGCAACUCAACAGAUGCUAUUGAAUUCGAAAACUGAGGCAGGACUGAUUUCCAUCUUUACAUUUAGAUACCUGUGGCAUUUAAGGGUCAGAGGUGGAUGAGUUGGAUUAAAAUGUUAGAUUAGAGAAGUCAUCAUGAAAUGUUAUCUCCCCUGAAUGGAAAUGGCACUACACUAACAUUUGUCCCACACAAAGACUCAAUCUUACUUGACGGUAGGAUUGCAAUAAAGACCAGCACACUUGAUGUUGAAUUGGUAGCUAGUAAUAUUCUCUCUACAAGCUUCUUUAGUAAAGAGAUGACACUACUAAGUCAGACUCUCACACUUUUGUCCAAGGCUCUGAGCUUUGCUACUCGUCCCUCUUCAUCUCAGGUGUUUCCUGCCCUCUCAAACUGGGCUGCUGUAUCAGGCAUGCCCCUCAGGCUGACUGGCCCACAUCAGCCCAUAACGCUCAAUUCCCCCCUAAAACUGAAAUUCUGACGAUCUUGAGCAGCAAAUAUGUGCUUCUCAGAUUUCUGUGUUCUGGGAGAACUGGAUGUGUUCACAAACUAGCAACCCCAGUUUCAUAGGAAUAAUAUGCAAAGUGUUUUAAGGUGUACCGUUUAGAAGAGGGCUGGAAUACAUGAGGUCACGACCAGGUCAGAGCCAGAAGCAUUAAUCAGUGUGAGGAUGUAGGUGUGUCAGGGCACUGAAAUCCUGACAAUAACUCUUUAACCUCUUAUGUAGGUGCACACAUUCAAGCCAUCAUGCUUUGAUAUGUUUAUCAUAGCAAAAAAAAUGAUUUUUUUUUUUAUGUACAUAUAUAUAUUUUUGGUAAAGGCUACAGAAAUCCUUAGCAUAGGCAACAUCAUCUUACAUGAUUACAAAAAUGCCUUUCAGUUGUAUGAACCUCUCAUGCACAAUCAAUGUUGAUCUUAUGUUAUUACUUUUAUAUAUAUAUGUAGAUGAAAUGUGUAAACUUGAGAGCCUUUCUGUCAUAGAAUAAUGUAUUCUAUACAGUCCAGAUCUUCCCAGUACUUCUUUUUCUGUGGUACACUUAUCUGAGACUUUGCCUUGCAUUUAUGUCCGUUUCUAUUUUCUUUCCUUUGAAAAAGUAUGUUUAGUCACAUCUGGUCAUAGUGAAGUAUUUUGCAAUAAUGUCCAGACAGCAUAAAUAUGUAAGCUCAAAACCAAAGGUUCAUACUCAUUUUAUAAGAAAAACUAGGAAAUCCUUCUUUGGUCCACAAACUUUCUAAUCAUUUUUACUCUUGAUAUGCAUAUGUUAAAGUUCUAACUGGAAAAGAUCCAGCUUGAGGCAAACCUCGGACACACAUCCCUUUGUUGUUCAAAUAAAUAAGUUGCAAAACGUAUUAAGGUGACCUAGUGCUUGCUUCAGUUUUUCUGAAAAGAUGUGCUUCUCACCACUGUUUUCUGCUUCAUUUGACAUAACUAAAUUGUAACUUGUGUACAGUAUGUUUAAAAACUAUCCUUUGAACUGUGUAGACUAAGUUCAUCAGACAAGUGCUCUUACUUUUUUUUUUUUUUUGCCCAGUUUUAAAUAAGGGAUUUUAUAUUGUG